AUGUUCUGUGUAAUUUCCGUACUCACUGUUGCGCUCGCCGGCGGGGCAUCAGCUUUCACGCCGUCUGGGUUUGAACCAUCUUCCACUAACGAUCUUACUGUUGCAUAUGGCUCUAAGCUUGCAACAAAUGGAAUCCAAAUGUUGCGAGCUGACACAGCCAGUGCUCCUAUUCUUGGUACAACCACAAAAAUGAGUGGUACCUACGCAGUAAUGAUGGUAGAUCCCGAUAUUCCACCCGCAACAAUUGGGGGUGAUACUUCACAAUUCCUCCACUGGAUGCAAGCCGAUCUCACAUCAUCAAAUACCACGACGAAUAUCGGAGGUCAAAAGAUCUACGAACUGAUCAACGUAAAGAACACAUCUGCAUUUGCCACAUAUUUACAACCAAACCCUCCAGAUGUAGCGCCAACUACUCAUAGAUAUACACAAUUAUUAUUCAAUACCACAGGGAUGAACAUGAGUCUAGCUUCCCUUCAAAUGGCGGGAAAAACUCGAGGAAAUUUCAACGCCGCGGAUGUAGUUAAGAGGGCAAAGUUGACAGUAUUGAUGGGAAAUUCAUUCGAUGUUUCAUUUGGAGACAAAGCCAUAAAUACUACGGGGGCUUCAAGUGGAAGCUCUACCUAG